GAGGUGGCACAAACCGAACCUCCCCUCCUGUUUGACGGCCGCAGUGACGCUAGAUAACUAACCCGGAAACGGCGACCGCAAAUCGCUUUUCUUCUCCUUUCAGCCCGCUGGCUCCUAGCGUGGUAUCCAAGCCCGUCGACUCCCCUGUUUCUCCACGAGCAUCAAGAGACUGACCUCUGCUGGAGGACUGUGACCUGGGGCCACCUGCCAGGCCGGGUCUCCCUGCUCCUGACUGACGGUCGCACAGCUCCACUGCUGGUAUCGUAACAUGGGGAACCUACUGAAAGUUUUGACAUGCACAGAUCUUGAACAGGAGCCCAAUUUUUUCCUCGAUUUUGAAAACGCCCAGCCCACAGAUGCAGAGCGAGAGGUGUGGGACCAGGUGGACGUGGUGCUGAAGGACGCAAAGGAGAUCCUGGAUGAACUGCAGGCGUACAAAGGAGCAGGGGCGGAGAUCAGAGAGGCGAUCCAGCAUCCAUCCGACGAGGCGUUACAGGAGCAGGCGUGGGCGGCUGUGGUUCCCUUAGUGGGAAAGCUGAAGAAGUUCUAUGAGUUCUCCCAGAGAUUAGAGGCAGCGCUGCACAGCCUCCUGGGAGCUUUGACCAGCGAGACUUACGACGACCCCACUCAGCACCUGGAGCGGGAGCAGGCGCUGGCCAAGCAGUUCGCAGAGAUCCUGCACUUCACACUGCGCUUUGAUGAACUGAAAAUGACAAAUCCCGCCAUUCAGAAUGACUUCAGCUACUAUAGGAGAACACUGAGCCGCAUGCGGAUCAACAACGUACCGGCGGAGGGUGAAAAUGAAGUCAACAACGAACUGGCCAAUCGGAUAUCUCUGUUUUACGCCGAUGCCACACCCAUGCUGAAGACAUUAAGUGAUGGCACAACAAAGUUUGUAUCAGAGAAUAAGAACCUUCCCAUCGAGAACACGACAGACUGCUUAAGCACAAUGGCCACUGUGUGUAAAGUCAUGUUGGAAACACCGGAGUACCGCAGCCGAUUCACCAGCGAGGAGACGGUGUCCUUCUGCCUCCGGGUCAUGGUCGGGGUCAUCAUCUUGUACGACUACGUCCAUCCUGUAGGAGCUUUCGCCAAGUCGUCUAAAAUCGACAUGAAAGGCUGCAUCAAAGUCCUCAAAGAUCAGCCUCCGAACAGUGUCGAAGGCCUUCUCAACGCUCUCAGGUACACAACCAAGCAUCUGAAUGAUGAAUCAACCAACAAGACUAUCAAGAGCAUGCUGCAGUAGGACUGAGCUGCUACGACUGCUUGCCUCACACCCUGCUGGGGGGGAGAUGCCACUCUCCUGACUGAUGUCGGUGCACAGAAUGUUUUUUUUUUUUUUUUUUUUUUUGGAAAAAGAGCUACAGCUCCGCCCUCUUUUAUAAUGCAAAAUGCUACUGCCAUUAUGAACGUCUUUUUCUGUGCCAAAAAGAUGUUGCUGCAAUGUUUUCGAUAAAAGGCCAUGCAACAGUGGCAGCUAAUGAAAGCAUUGUGGAAUCCUCUGGUGUUUUUAAAAAAUGUCUUGUUUUUCCCUAUAUAAGGGACGGGAGUGCUUUGACUUGAAAAUUUAAAAGAGAGAAAUAUAUAAAGAGGUAUAUAUUAUUUUUGUUUGAUUCGUUAUUUAAUAUUACAACUUCUGCAUGAUGAAAAUUAUGUCUUUUCCUUCUAUUUAAAAAAACUAAUGGUUCAGUUUAAUUUGUCUUCUCUAUUGUGCAUUAUUACAUGUUUUGUUAUUGAAAUGGUACUUGUCAAAAUGAGAUUUAAGAGUACUGUUUUUAUAUUUUUUAUAGGUUUUAAUUUGUGCAUAUGUCUUUUUUUCAUAGUUGUGUUGUUUUUUUUUUCAUUUGAAAACUUUAAACUGUGAUUUGUGCAAAAUCAAAUUAAAAUUGGGAGUCUGUACUGUAAAUGGACAGUAUGUUGUGGCUGGAGGAAUUAAAAGGAGAACUCUUGUUUUCUACAA